CACGAUGCGCAUGCGCCGGCGCGCCGGCGGGUGGAAAUUUCGGCGGUCCCGUAGACCAGGCUUCAAUCGGCCUCCAGGAGAGUUAUGGCUGCGGCAGCGAAGGAGGCGCUUUAUAGCUUCGUGCGCCCGCUGGAAAAGCGGGACGGGACGGUGCUGCGGCUCCAGCAGUACGGCUUAGGCGGCGUAGGCUGUGUGGUGUGGGACGCUGCCAUCGUCCUGGCCAAGUACCUGGAGACUCAGCAUUUCUCGGGCGCCAUUGCUGGGACUCACGCGCUGCGCCAGAGAUCCGUGCUGGAACUGGGAGCUGGCACCGGCGCCGUGGGGCUCAUGGCAGCCAGCCUCGGGGCAGAUGUUACAGUCACAGAUCUGGAGGAGCUACAGGACUUGCUUAAAUUGAAUAUUAAAAUGAAUGAGCAUCUCAUCACUGGUUCUGUGCAAGCCAAGGUACUGAAAUGGGGUGAAGAAAGAAAAGACUGUUUCUCUCCACCUGAUUACAUAUUGAUGGCUGACUGUAUAUACUAUGAAGAGUCUUUGGAACCCUUACUAAAAACUUUAAAGGAUCUCAGUGGACCUAAGACCUGCAUCAUAUGUUGUUAUGAACAACGAACUAUGGGGAAAAAUCCAGAAAUAGAGAGAAAGUAUUUUGAGCUCCUCCAGUUGGAUUUUGACUUGGAAAAGAUUCCUUUGGAAAAGCAUGAUGAAGAAUAUCGGAGUGAAGAUAUUCAUAUUUUAUACAUCAGAAAGAAAAAAUGAAAUUACAGCUUUGAAACCUUUCAUCAUUUUUGCUCAAGUUUGCAACAAACUUGUAAAAUCUAAUAAGAUCUUACUUAUAAGAUAAGCUUAUAAGAAUAGCAUGAAAAUAUUUUCAUCAUACAUUUUCAUGGCUUAUCAGAGAUAUUGAAUUUGAAUGGUAGAAGUAGAAAUAUGGGUGCUAUUUUGAAUUCAUAAAAGAAUUCUACUAAAAAUCAACCAAUGUGACCUGCCAGCAUUCUAAAGAUGGUGGAUUUCCUGCAUCUUGGGUGAGACUAAAAUGUAACUACAAUUGUUGUUUGACCCAACAUGAAAUUCUGUUUUAAAGACCAUUUUGUAGUGAAUCAUGUGUUGGAAAAAAUUAUACGCUAAAAGAAUAACUUGGCAUGCUUUCAAGAAACUGAAUAAUAAUGAUUUUACUCCUUGAAGGGAUAGUUUUUGAGGCUUGCAUGUGUACUUCAAGUCGUAUACAAUCUAGGUAAAUAUAAAAGAGGAGCUCAUGGAUUUACAUUUUGUCCCUAAUAAAGUCAACAGUCUUUGCUUUACAUGUAUUCUCUUUUUAAUUAGAUGUUAAGGUAGGUUUAAUACUUUAAAAUAUCUCUUGGUUCAAAGACAAACUAAGCAGGUUCACAUUUAUUUAAAAAUUUUUUUGUUAUUAUAUUUGAAAAAUAUAUUAUAAAAAUUUGAAAAAUAUGAAUUACAUAAAGAAGUACAGAAAAAGAGGAUUGUUUAUGACAAUGCAAAACUUGAUUACAUUUAGAGUUAUUUUAAAAUAUAAAGUAUGGUAGUUCUAUCAUUACCAUGCAUGUCUUUGUCCACUUCUGAAUUUUUUCCUCUGUUGUAUGUAUUUUCUCAAUGUUUCAUUAAUGCUCUUUUCAGUGGGUUUUUUUUUUUUUUUGAUAUCACUACCUUUCCAUUAUUUACUUUCCUUAAUGAUUUAAUACAUUCAUUAUUUCAUUGACUAUUUGCUUUGUUGUUUAUCACUAUACUACUGUCUUCAAAAUUAAAUUAAUUUUUAAAAUCUUUGUAACAAAUAUAUUAAAGCAAAACAGAUUUGGACUCCC